CAGCCUCAACUCCAACGGCACUGAGAAAGAGGGCUAUACCGCUAUCAUUCUGCUCUGAAAGCAGUUUGGAAGUUAUACUUUCUCAUUUUUGCUACUCCGUGUCCGUUAAAACAGACGUUUUGUUUUGGUUUGUUGUUACAUCGUUGGAAGAACUGAUGUCGUCUCUGUAUUUCUUUCUGUAAAUGGGUCACCAAAUACCCAUGACCAUUGCCAUGGUCUGAGAGGUAGGAUUGAUACCAAAUUUGUGGGAUGCAGUAGAAGCAGGGGUUAAAUUCACAUGAUCCGUGCGAAAUAUCGGAGCAAUACUUUCAAUACCUUGUGACUGUGUUGAGGAUAUUUGUUCAUUCUCCUGUUGGACUGGAGUCCGGUCGUUCUGGGAUUGUAUUGCUCGGAAAGUGUGGCGUCAUGUCUUCGAGAUGAAUGUGCUAUGUGUCUGAUCUGGGAAAUACCUUGUGGAAGGUGUGCAGCGGGAAAUAGACAAGGAGCUCUCGGAGUCUGCAACUGAUCCUCAUUUUCUGUACGUAAUGAACUUGGAAUGAACGACGGAGAAUGGAUAUUAUUUGGGAAAUAUUUCUUAUUCUUCAAGCUAAUUUCAUCGUCUGUAUAUCAGCACAGCCAAAUUCACCAAAAAUUCAUGAAGGCUGGUGGGCAUACAAAGAAGUUGUCCAGGGGAGUUUUGUUCCAGUGCCAUCUUUCUGGGGGCUAGUAAAUUCUGCCUGGAAUCUCUGCUCUGUUGGAAAGAGGCAGUCUCCAGUGAACAUAGAAACCAGCCAUAUGAUCUUUGACCCCUUUCUCACCCCACUGCGCCUCAACACAGGUGGCCGUAAGGUGGGAGGGACCAUGUACAACACCGGCCGCCAUGUGUCCCUGCGUCUGGAUAAGGAACACUUGGUGAACAUUUCGGGCGGGCCCAUGACCUACAGCCACCGACUAGAGGAGAUCCGGUUACACUUUGGCAGCGAGGAUGGCCAGGGCUCUGAGCACCUCCUCAAUGGGCAGGCUUUCUCCGGGGAGGUUCAACUUAUACAUUACAACCAUGAGCUCUACACAAACUACACAGAAGCAGCAAAAAGUCCAAAUGGAUUGGUGAUAGUGUCUAUAUUCAUGAAGAUAGCUGAGUCUUCAAAUCCAUUUCUUAAUCGUAUGUUGAACAGAGACACCAUCACAAGAAUAACAUAUAAGAAUGAUGCAUAUUUACUGACGGGACUAAACAUUGAAGAGCUCUACCCAGAGACCUCAAGCUUUAUCACUUAUGACGGAUCGAUGACUAUACCACCAUGCUUUGAAACAGCAACGUGGAUCCUGAUGAACAAGCCUGUGUAUGUCACACGGAUGCAGAUGCACUCUCUGCGGCUGCUGAGUCAGAACCAGCCCUCGCAGAUCUUCCUCAGCAUGAGCGACAACGUGCGGCCGGUCCAGCCGCUGAACAACCGCUGCAUCCGAACCAACAUCAACUUCAGCAUGCAGGGCAAGGACUGCCCCAACAACAGGGCUCAGAAGCUGCAGUAUCGAGCUAAUAUAUCUCUGCAACAGCUGCACAAAAUGUGAAUUUUACCCCUGCAGCAUUAAAACAUUGAGGUCAAGAGUGAAUGAAUGGCUUCUGAAAUAGAAGCACUACAAUGAACACAGACAUGAUGAGUAUUAUUUUAAAAAAAUCAAGAACAACAGCGGCACAAUACAACUCACAGGAUCAAGACUGCAUUGCUUUUUUCCUGCCAGA